AAUUUCCCGCCAAGAAACGAUCUUCCGAUCUCACGGAUUUCAGCCGCCUCGACGUGUAUCUUCAUCAUCCCCCGAUAGCGCUUGAACACCUUCCAUUUCGCCCCUCGUGAGGCCACACCUUCUGUCUUCUGUCUACCUGCUCGGCUACUUACCGACUAUCGACUAUACCAUUCGCUGUAUCAUUCCCGCCGAAAUCGAUCGCUACGCUCUGCAACGGCCGUCGGGCCUGAGGCGAUAAGCUGGACCCGACUCUAGCGCGAACAGAUGGCGUCUCCCACCUCCCCGUCCAUUGACGAUAUUCUGGACGACAUCGAACUCAACCAUGUCAUCCUGCAGAGCUUAGACGAGGAGCGCCCCGAUGCCGUCGAGGAUCGACAAGAUAUCGUGAAUACCAUUCGGAACCUCGAGGCUCGUCUGGCGGAGCUCCGCGGCGAACCCCAACCUUCAGAAAGCCGCCCCCCGUCCCCGCCGUUUCAUCAGCCCUCCGGGGAAUCGGAGUUGUCGCGAUCGCAACUGGAUGGAAGCGCUGAUAAUGGUCAUCGAAUGGUUGUUAGUCCCCCGCACGGCCGUUUCGCCAUGUCACCGCCGCCGCGGCCAGGGCCACCGGGCCAGGGAACCACGACCGUGUUACACUCGUUGGGCUCGUCGUCCGCCCACAAGCGCCCCCAUACCCCCGAGACCGAUGCGUCCGACGACACCGAUGACCUCGAACGACCGCCUCCCAAGCGAACUUUACUGAGCAGACCCUCCCCGCGACCGGACUCCCGCGAUCUGCCGGACCCGAGCUUCGAGAGAGAGGCGUCCGCAGAAUCCCAGGCCGAUGAUUCUCUCAUGCAGCUGCUGAACCUGAGCGGCAGCGAUCUACAGGCACUGGAAGAGGCGCAGAAAGAACUGGAACGGGACAUUCAGAGGCGCAAGGAGCAAGAACGGCAGGACGAAGAACUCGCCCGCAAGUUUGAGCAAGGUUAUUGGGAGCCGCCAUCGUCAAGCCAGAGUACUCCCUCCCACUAUUCCGACUCGCCGCUACCCAGUCGGCCCCAACAGACCAACCCCGUCAGUACGAUGGAUCGACAUCCGUAUCCCUAUCGUCCCUACCCGAACCCGACCCUACCGAACCCGCCACCUCGGCACGUGGAGCCGUCCGCCUUGCACUCGAUGGGCCCGUCGAGCUCUCAGCGUCCGGCGCCUAUCUACCUGGCCGACAGUGACGAUAGUGAUAUUGCGGAGAUCACGGCGGGUGAUUUCCGGAGGCAUGCGCCUUCGCAGAUGCCUCGGAUGACCGACCGCCCGACCCUGCCGCCUCUCCCGGGCCAGCCCUCCCAUGCGCCGUAUCAUAAUACCUGGAUGAAUAGCUUUCGGAACUUUUCCAGUCUUCCCAGUCUUCCCAAUCCCUACGCGUCGCUGGGGGGUCCAUCCAGGCCGGGGCCGGGGUCGGGGCCGGGACCGGGGGAUAUGAGAGGCUCGACUCCCAUGUUUGGUCCCCACGUCUUGCACAGUACCAUGGCGAGGCUCAACCAAGGGAAGCAGAUGCUCGAGGAUGCUGGCAGGUCCGCCAUGGCCGAUUUAAACAAAUUGUUCCCGAAUUCCAAAGAUGGCGUCGAUCCCAAAAAAGUCAACGAGGAGAUCAAGCAAUUGCUGGAAACCAUCCGACCGGAUUCGGAUAUCGACUUGAAGAACCGCGAAGGCACCCCCGAGGCGCUCAAGCUGAACCUGCUGGAGCACCAGAAGCUGGGCCUGGCGUGGAUGAAGACCAUGGAGGAGAACGAGCAGAAGGGCGGAGUCCUAGCCGACGACAUGGGUCUCGGGAAGACGAUCCAGGCCAUCGCCCUCAUGGUGUCUCGGCCGUCGACCGACCUAGACCGAAAACCGACUCUCAUCGUUGCGCCCGUCGCGCUGCUCCAGCAGUGGAAGCGUGAGAUUGAAAGAACCCUCCGGCCGGGGAAGCACCAGCUGAAAUCCUACGUCCUGCACGGAGAGCGGCGCACCAUGGCGUUCCGGGACCUGAAGCACUACGACGUGAUCCUGACCACCUUCGGGACCUUGUCUUCGGAGUUGAGGCGUCGGGAGAAAUACGAUGAGCUGCACGCGUCGGGGACUACUGGAGAAGCCCAGGCCAAAGACAUGUUGAAGUCGAUGCCGUGCCUUGGUCCGAGCAGUAAGUGGCAUCGUAUCAUCAUCGAUGAGGCGCAGUGCAUCAAGAAUCGACACACCAAGGCUGCCCUUGCUUGCUGCAGGGUGAAUUCUACUUACCGCUGGUGCAUGACUGGGACUCCGAUGAUGAAUAAUGUCGAGGAACUGCACUCUUUGUUGAAAUUCUUACGCAUUCGCCCGUAUAACAGUUUAGAGAGAUUUACUAAGGACUUCACCCGCCCCUUGAAGAGCGGCAGCAACGAUGCGCGUGACAAGGCAAUGAGACAGCUACAAGUAUUGCUCAAGGCAGUGCUCCUGCGGCGGACAAAGGAGUCUAAGAUCGAUGGCAAGCCUAUCCUGCAACUGCCGCCGCGGGUAUCCGAAAAGAUCCACGCCGUAUUCAGCGAAGACGAACUAGAACUGUACCGGUCUCUCGAGACCAAAACCCAGCUGCAGUUCAACAAAUACCUCGCCGCCGGCACCGUGGGCCGGAACUACUCCAACAUCCUCGUUUUGCUCCUACGCCUCCGCCAGGCCUGCUGCCAUCCGCACCUGAUCAGCGACUUCAGCGUCCAGGUCAAUGCGAACACCGACGAGGUGGACCUCAUCGCGAACGCUAAAGCAUUCGGCAGCGACGUGGUCAUUCGAUUGAAGGAUAACGACGACCUGGAGUGUCCGUGCUGUAUGGACGCGGUGGACAACCCGCUCAUCUUCUUCCCCUGCGGCCACAGCACCUGUGCCGAAUGCUUCUCCCGCCUCUGCGACCCGGCGCGGGCAGUGAGUCAGGGGCACGACGGUUCGGUGGAAGCCAGGUGUCCCAACUGCCGCAGGAGUAUCGACCCCAAGAAGAACACCGACCACGUCUCAUUCCGCAAGGUCCACUACAACGAGGGACCCGACGAAGCAGAACAGCCGGAACCCGCCCAAGCAGCAGACGACGACCCCAGCGACGACGACAGCGACGACAAUGAUGACGACGGCAGCCUAUCCCGCUUCAUCGUCGACGACGACGGCAAAGCAGGCAGCAGCACCAGCACAACCCAAAGCAAGCGCAAAGGCAAAGCGCCCACAAAAACGCAAAAGAAAACCAUCGCCGAGCUCAAAAAAGAAGCCUCCAAGAACCAAAAAUCCAAACGCAAGUACCUCCGCCGCCUCGAAAAGACCUGGGUCCCCAGCGCCAAGAUCGACAAGACUCUCGAAAUCCUCGAGUCUAUCCACGCGGGCGAAGCCGGGGAAAAAACCAUCAUCUUCAGCCAGUUCACCUCCCUGCUGGACUUCCUCGAAGUGCCCAUCAUGCGGCGCGGGUGGGGCUACAAGCGCUAUGACGGCAGCAUGAAGCCGGCAGACCGGAACACCGCCGUGCUCGAGUUCACGGAUAACCCCGACUGCCGCGUGAUGCUGGUAUCCCUGAAAGCCGGCAACGCAGGUUUGAACCUCAUCGCCGCGUCUCAGGUCAUCAUCUUCGACCCGUUCUGGAACCCUUACAUCGAGGAACAGGCUAUCGACCGCGCGCACCGCAUCGGCCAGCAGCGGAAGGUCCAGAUCCACCGCAUCCUGGUGGAAAAUACCGUCGAAGACCGCAUUCUGGAGCUGCAGGAUAAGAAGCGUGAGCUGAUUGAGGGUGCGCUAGAUGAGAACGCUUCGAAGAAUGUUUCGAGGUUGGGGACGCGUGAGCUUGCUUAUUUAUUUGGCGUUCACUAAUGACUCUAUCCUUCGCCUGCUUUUACCUUCUUACUUUGUUUUUUUUGCAACGGCGUUCGCUACCAACCCCGGAAAUGGUCUUUGCUGCAACCUUUUCAAGAUACCCCAUCCAUGCCUCUCUUAUUCCCUAGUUACCAUACCCCGUUUAUACCAAUGGUGUCCCCGUCUGUUUGUUUGUUCCUCGUCUCUCUAGUCUAUUCUAUCGUUUAACCUGUUCAGGUUCAGAUUUCAGAUUUUACUUUUUCACAAAGCGAAUUAGAAAUACAAGUGGGGGUAGAUUGUUAUGAAAUUGAACGGACAGAUCCUACUUAUC